CAGAUGAAACGUCACGAUUAAAAGAGAACUUCUUGGGGCUUCGCUCUCGAUUCCGUCUCAUUGUGAGACAAAGCUAGAUACGUUGAAGACCAACGCCAAUGAAGGGAAAGAGGAGAGUUGAGAUCGCGGCGCUCCUGUUGCUGUGCGCUCUUUGUGACGGAGACGAGUUGCGGCUUCAGCGAGACGCACCUCGAGCGCAAUGUAUCACCACCAGCCUGACUGGGGUGUGGUGUACUCUGUCUGAAGCCCAUCUGAAUGGUUCUGGUCCUACCAGACUAGAGGUCCCUGCUGGGAAGAGCCUCCAUAUCAUCAUGCAGAGCCUCCCAGGAGACCCUGUCUGCAGCUGGAGCCGUGGACCUGACCCAAUAAGAGGGGGCUAUUCUAUGGCCAUACCACAGACGUCUGUGAGUGAUUCUGGAGAGUACUCCUUCGGCUGUGUGAAUUGUGGCAUCAUCUCCUCCCUGACGCUCUCUCUACUGGUUGGACCUCCUCUGAGACGUCCGUCAAAGCCACAUCUGAAAUACAUCCCUGGGAGAAGAGGCUUUUUACCUAACUUCCAGUGUUCUUCAGAGGGAAAUCCCAAGCCAGAAAUCAAAUGGUUCAAUAACCUUGACAAGACUGGACAAGGUAGUCAUGGGAACGAGACAUCUAAGGACUCCGAGAGGUCCAACAACACAGUGGGAAGUAAACCAUACUACAAGACAACAGUUAUGUGCUGUGCUAUUAACCCCAAAGGAGAAGAGUGUUCUCAGCUCUAUGACUAUGACUUGGACAGCAGUCGUAGUGUGGAUGAUGAUAAUGAAGCUCCAGAGAUCACUCUGAGUCCGGGUCAGCCCCUGCUGCUCCGCUGUAGAGAGAGAGAGAACAGCACCACACAGUGGCUGACGGAGAAUCAGGAACAUGUGUCCGUAUAUAAACUAUCCUAUAAAGGAAUAGGUAUGACCUACCUGUUCUUUGAGUCGGUGAGAGUGAACCACAGUGGCAUCUACAUCUGCCGGAGCAACAAGAACAAGAUCAAGUCCACCCACAUCCGGGUCCUGGAGAAGGGCUUCAUUUCCAUCGACCAGCUGAAUGAGAGCAGUACCAUCUCAGCCCAGGAGAUGCCAGGGUUCUGUUUGAGGGCCCUGGUCUCCUCAUACCCUCUCCUACGCUGCCAUUGGCUGGGCCCGGGUGGUGUACAGACCCAGUGCCCUGAACCCACACGGCUGUGGAAGAACAGGACUCUGGAGCUAUGUAACCCUGAGCCAGGAGAGUACCAGUUAAAUCUGGAGGCUGGGGUGCUGAACCUCACAAAGACCCUCUCUCUGUGUGUGGCAAGUACGCCCACCCCCACUCUCUUCCAGGAAGAAGACUACAUCACCUGUAAGACCAACAGCCCCCUCCCCUUCAACCUCACCUGGAGGUUCUGCUCUCUGUCCAAUGACAGCUGUCAGUCAGAGUCUGCAGCCUGGAAGGAGAUCCCUGCCCCUCCCCCAGAGCUCUGUGACUCAGACCAGUUCUGCCAUAAGAAGGUCCUCAGCUCUCUGGACAGGGUCGAGGUGGGGAACCACUUUGUCAAGUGCUGCAUUGCAAACUCUGUCCACUCACAGUCACAUUGCAGCGAGACACUGUUCAAUGCAGGAAUGGUCUUUCAGCAGCAGCGUACCUUCAAACAACCCUCCAACUCCUCUCAACUCCUGAAGGUGUCCAGUCUGGUUCUGUUCCUGGCUUUGAUGCUGGUCAGCGUGGCGCUGCUCUACUUCCUCAGGAAAAAGAAACCCCAGUACCAGAGCCAGCUGCAGGUGAUUCAGAUGUCGGGGUCUAAUGACAACGACUACAUCUACAUCAACUUCAAAGACUUCCAGUAUGACCAGAAAUGGGAGUUCCCCAGAGAGAACCUGGAGCUGGGGAAGGAGCUGGGCUCUGGGGCCUUUGGCAUGGUGCUUCAAGCUACAGCCCACGGCAUCUGCAAUCCUGGGAUCUCCCUGCAGGUGGCUGUCAAGAUGCUGAAAGAGAAGCAUGAGACAGUGGAGAAAGAGGCUCUGAUGUCAGAGCUGAAGAUGUUGACUCACAUCGGACGGCAUGCUAACAUCGUCAACCUGCUGGGGGCGUGCACUGGCUCAGGGCCAACGUACCUGAUCUUCCAGUACUGCCAUAAUGGGGACCUGCUGAACUACCUGAAGAACAACAGAGAGCUCUACCACAAGUCUCUGACCGAGGCCUUCACCAAGGACCGCUUCAGCAGACUUUACCACAACCUGCCCAAGAGGAGCUCCACUCGAGGGCAAGAGAGCAUCGCCCUCCUCAGCCUCACCUCCUCUCCCAUGGACACCUCUGAUGGUCCAGUGAUCUAUGAGAAGCUGCAGGAAGAGGAGGAGGAGGCACUGACCUAUGACGACCUGCUCAGCUUUUCCUACCAGGUGGCCAAAGGCAUGGACUUCCUGUCCUCUAAGCACUGUAUCCAUCGGGACCUUGCGGCCAGGAACGUGUUGGUGUCUCAGGGGGGACUAGUAAAGAUCGGAGACUUUGGACUGGCCCGGGACAUCCACAACGACUCCAACUACGUAGUGAGGGGAAAUGUGCGUCUGCCAGUGAAGUGGAUGGCUCCAGAGAGUAUCUUCCAGGGGAUGUACACCAUGCAGAGCGACGUCUGGGCCUAUGGUAUCCUGCUGUGGGAGGUCUUCUCUCUGGGUUUGACCCCCUACCCGGGGAUAAAGGUGGACAACAACUUCUAUGUGAUGAUAGAGAGAGGUUUUAAGAUGGAGCAGCCGUACUAUGCCAGUGAAUCUGUGUAUAAGAUGAUGUGCAAGUGCUGGGCACUGGAGCCUCGGGGCCGCCCUCACUUUGCCAAGCUGGUGGCCUUCAUGGGCGACCAACUGGCCGACAUUGAGGAGAAGCUCUACUGUAACAUCCUGGACAAGAGCUCCAAUGACUCCUUAUACCAGAAUGCACCAGUGAAUUCUGACCUCUCUGCCUUGGCCAAAGAAAAGGAGGUUCUUUUGACACAGACCCAUUCCACUGGAGGGGCCCCAACAACCAAAACAACACCCUCUGACAUGGAUGCCAUGGAGGAUGAUGAUGAUACACCUCUGUAACCAUAUCAGUGAGUGCAGGGGCCAAUCUAUCCUUCUAAUUAUUCUAUUCCAUACAAUAUACUCAGGGUUGGGGAGUAAUGGAUUACAUGUAAGGGAUUACAAAAAAACAGAAACUGCUAUCCGUAACAGCAAAAAUAUUGUUAUUGGAUUACAUAUAGUUUUGAAAAACUAGAUGAUUACUUCGAGGAUUACUUUUAAAUUCAGAAAGGAUGUUUUCUCAAUGACAUUCAAAUCAGCAUUGAAAAAAGGCGCAAGUUUAUGUUUGUUUCACCUGA